UCAAUUAGUGACAUAUUUUGUUUCAACCUUAUAAAUCGUACAAAUGUUCUCAUUAUACUGUUAUAAUACUCAGAUAAGACGUAAUGUGCAUCACGUAUGAAAUUUUCUCGGAGCAUGUUUGGGCAGUGAUUAUCAGGACAUUGAGUGCAGUGCUAAAGUGCUAUUAUACCACCAUCCAUGCUGCAAGCCGAUUUUAUCUUCUCAUGUUCUUGUUUCAACAUACAUGACAUAGAUGCUACUCGUACGAUCCAUGGUUUCAGUACAUCGUGACUUAUAUUAGUCAAAACUUCCACUAGAUAUCAUCUGUUGUUUUCCUUUGAGGUGACCUAUCACGAUGGCAUGUGAUUUCAGCUCAAUAGAGGGCGUCGUUUGCGAAGAAGACGGCUGUGAAUCGAUUACUGAUAUAACAUUCUAUGUGAAGGAGAAGAAGAAGCUCUGUCAUGACUGCGCCUUGAAGAAAGGAUGCAUCCAAUUAGAUAAAAGAGGCCGGCUUGCUCUGUAUUGCGAAAAGCAUGAUAAAACCAUGGACUUGUAUUGUAAGACGCAUAGGGAAGCUAUAUGUGUUUCAUGCUCUAUGAUAGAUCAUCGCCAACAACAAUGCAAACAUCAGGGUAUAAAGGACGCACUCCUAGACAACAAAGCAAAGCUCAGCAUCCUCAAGAAAUCUACGCUGGACAAAUUAGAACUAUUCCAAUAUUAUGGAAAUGAGAUUCGUCAGAUUAAAACAGUUGCCGACCACCAUAUCCAGACUACUAAGAAAGAGGUUGGUUACGAAGUAGAAUGGGCUAUUGAAAGAGACAGAGCCAGGGAAACACAAGAUGGUGAUGAAAUCGACCAGGAGAUCGAUGUGAGCAAUCAAUCACUCCAAGAGAAGUUUCAAGAGAUUCAGGAGGAGAUCCAAAACAACAACCAAGAGAGAGGGAGGCGGCAUAAAAAAAAUAAUUCAAAUGCAAAGAAAAGACGACAACUGAUCCGUGAUAAGCAAAGGAUUCUUCAGCUAGAGAAAUCAAGGCAAGACGACACAAGUGCAAGAGGAAACGCAAAAGAGAUUGUGGACAGAAUUCCUGAUGACGAUAUAAGUAUUGUGAACGAUGGACAUCGUGUGAAUGCAUCAGCGAGUGAGAAACUAAAGAAGCAACUGAGCGGGGGUGAGGUGGAAGAACUGAUUCGUGUUAUAUCAGAUGUGAGGUUUGUGAAGGGUGUUGGGAGAGAGAAGUAUGAUGGAAGAAUUGGUGGGUAUGACGGAGUGUGGAAGCUCAUUGAUACAAUCAAUGUCACAGAUACAAUAAAAUUCCCACGCCUUGUUGGGUGUAUUAAAAAAGAUCAGGUGAUGAUCACAAAUGGACCGUCUAGUGAAGAACACUGCAAUACCUACAUAUUAGAUUUGAACAGUAAAAAUAUCCAGAGAGUGAUCAUCGGUAAUCAAAUGUCUUGGGUUAUUACUUGUGCGGUGCUGAAUGACGGCACGGUGGUAUGUGGUAGAUACGUCAAAGGUUGUAGAGGACGCAGUUUACCUGGAUGCAUCAGUGUAUACGACAGACAGUGGAAUCACAUCAAUGACGUCACAAUACCAAGGAACACAAUGCACGAUGGUACAUGGGUGGGUGUUGAAGCUAAUGAGAAUGGGACGAUCAUCGCAGCCGAGGGGAGUCAGUCUAAGAUUUAUACCAUCAACAUGGACAACCCAGCUGAUGCUACCAUUAUCAAUGCGAUCACGUGUCAAGAGAAGAUGAGAAUGAGCUGUGUGCUGUCAUCAGGUCACAUCAUCGCUCGAACCACACCAUUUGAUCGGAGGAUCCGCAUCGUUAACAGGGGCGGCGGUGAUCAUAGGGAAAUCUCCCACACUGACGUCAUUUACAAUGUGUGUGUUGAUCGUAUGACAGACGACCUCUACGUCGUGACAUCAGAUGAUGAGUAUAAGACGUGUGUGAUUGAUCAGGUGACGAGUGGGGGUGAUGUAAUAAAGAGAAGGGUAACAUCGUUCCCUUUAUCAAUUAGACUCACACGGGCUAAUAGACCCGCUCACAUUAUAGCGUCUCGAGUGAUGAUGACGUCAUCGGGAAAUAUGCUUGCAUGUGAUGGCGAUAAUAUUCUCAUAUUCAAAAAGCGCUUUAUCCUUUAGAUCGAUGGUAUUAAUCACAAUCAUAAUAUUACUGAACAUGUAUGUUUCAAUUUGGAAAAAUCACGAGGAAGAAUGGUUAUGAUUUAUUUCAAACUUUGGUUAAUUUUUGUCGAUUAUUAUGACCUUAACAAUAUUCAAAACCAAAGCUCUUACAUCCAGGAACCUGGGAAAUGGCAUGGCAUUGAGCUCGACAUCUAGAUUCCUUAACACCAAUACAAGGAGAAACAGGAAGAGGUAUAUAGAAGAAUUGUAAAUAUUGUAUUAAUUUGAUAGCAUUACCAUGGAUAAUGAGCUUGACAAUUUUCUG